GACAGGCAGCAGCAGCAGCGCAGUAAUGUAAAGUUUACUUUCGCAUCGGGUUGCAUCGCGGAGCACGAACGGGGCUGACCGCAGCGAAAAAUGUCCGAUUCGAAGCAACGAUCGACAACGACGUCGUCCUCGAACAACAGCGGAAGCACCACCGGAACCAGCAGCAGUAGCAAAUCCAGCCGGAAGUCGAAAAAUGAUCUGAUUCGCAGCGCCGUCGGCAGCUAUCUGAAGCAGCGGAACUAUAUCGUAAACGAUCGGUAUCGGAAGUCGGAUCUCAUCCUGACGCAAUCCACGGAGCAAAUCGCCAUGAACACUGCCAUCGAGAACGAGAUCUCCAAGGCGAACAGUUUCCUGUUCUCGAACAUCUUCUGCCUGAACAACAAUCCGGCCCAGGUGGAUCAGCAUUUUGUCAAACUAUGCAACUUCAUCAAAUGCCAACCGGAAGCGGUCCGGGAGGAGCUGUCCGAGCUGGUGAACCCGCUGCUCUGCCACCUGUACAUCGAGAUGCUGAAGGGCCGCGAUUGGCGACCGGCGAUCCUCUUCCUGCGCAAGCAUGCCACAUUGCUGGGACGGAUCGAACCCUGCCCCGCCCCGCCCAGCAGCUCGCCGUUGAUAAUGAACCAGAAAAUCAACGGCACCGUCGAGGAGCAGCAGGCAUCCGGAAUCUCCGCCACGGCAGUUCAAAACUCUGUCAUAGUGUUUUCGCCGGAACCGGCUUCCAGCGCCAAGGUGGAAACGUUCCGGCAGUUGAUCCACAAGCUGUCGCAAAUCGCUCGUAUCCAGGAUCUGGAGAAUGAGCAGCAAACGCUCCGGUUUCGGUCCUGUCAGUACGAGGUAAGGCUCGGAACUGCGUCGGUAGCAGCCCUCCGGCGGUAUCUGUCCAAACACGGUCAUUCGUUGAUCCUGCAGAUCCUCCGGAAUUGGUUCUACUUCGAGACGAGCGACGACAAGGACUUCACGGAUUACAGCCCGGAUAUGGUGUCGGGUAAGGUGGCUAAAAAGCCUCGACUGGUCUCGGCGGCUUCCAACGGGUUGGAUGUUCUGAAUGGUCUCCCGAUGGAGGUGGAAUCGCUGGAUGCACUGCACCCGGAACCGGAGUAUGAUUUUGGUGAGCACACUGAAGCUGAGAACACGAAGUUCCUGCUGCGGAACGGCUUCAGCGGCCAGUACAUUCAGUUCAAGGUUCGUGAGCUCAAUGGAGGAGGUUUGGACGGAAGUGGAACCACCAUGGAUCUGGACGAUGAUGACGAUGAAGACGAUUCGGCGUACCUCCCCGCCCUGGAAGAGAUACCACCACCACCAGCAGUGACCAGCGUCAAGCCGGAAGUGUUCACCGACGGAGCGGAUCCGCAUCAGCAGCAGUUCCAGGACGACAUAUCUGGAAUGUUCCGGCGGAUCACUUCCGCCGAACGGCUGCGGAAGCUGCGGGAGUGCACGGAGAAGCUGAACCGCUUCCAGACCCCGCUGUGCAUCUACCAGGUGGAAAACGUGGACGAUCGGCUGACGUCGGUGGCCAUCGAUGAGGACAGCUGCCAUCUGGCCAGUGGGUUUGAGGACGCUUCCGUGGUCCUCUGGUCAGUCAAUCGGAGUACCCAGAUCGGACGGAAACCGUACACCGGUCUGCGGGAGAGGAGGUGCGCCUGGAACGUGACUUGCUGUGAUAGUAGUUUUAGCGAGGGUGAAGAGGAGGAGGAAGAAGAGGAUGAGGAAGCUGGACAGGAUCAGGGCGGGGGAGGGGGACGAGAGCACGAUGAUCCCGGGGAGUGUUCCGGGUUGAGAAAUUUGUUCCGGUGCAAGUCACAGGCGGAGGUGUCCCGGUUGAACAAGCUACUUCCGGUCUACAGCAGGCGACUGAGCAAACGGGAACGAUGGAAGCAGUUUAUGAGCCGGAAGUGCAGCGAGAAUGUGUUUAGUGAAACGGGUGGUGUCACCUUGAGGGGUCACUCAAACGCCGUUACGGAUCUCCUGUUCUCCCGGCACAGUCCCCUGUUGAUGAGCGUCUCGCGGGAUCUCACGAUGCGUGCUUGGCAUGCCACCGAUUACACCUGCCGAGCAGUCUACCGUGGCCACAAUCACCCCGUCUGGAGUGUGGCGGAAAGUCCCACCGGUCUGUACCUGGCAACCGGAUCUCGGGAUACGACGGCACGGCUUUGGUCCACGGACCGGGAGUUUCCCCUGCAGAUCUACGUUGGACACACUCAGGACGUGGACACGGUGGCGUUCCAUCCCAACGGGAACUACCUGGCCACGGGUUCAACGGAUUUGACCGUCCGACUGUGGUGCGUUACCAGCGGGAAGCUGUUCCGGAUAUUCACCGACUGUCGGCAACCGAUCCACCGGGUGAGCUUCAGUCCGGACGGGAAGUAUCUCGCUGCAGCUGGUGAAGAAAACCGUGUCCGGAUCUUCGAUCUCGCCGCUGGUUCCCAGCUGACCGAACUGCGGGAUCACACCUCCGGGGUAUCCUGCGUCACGUGGAGCUCCGACAGUCGUCACUUUGUGUCGGCCGGUUCCGACGGAACGAUUCGAAUCUGGGAUGCCGUGAAAAUGGUCACGUUCUCAUCGUCGUCCUCUUCAACGUCAUUUUCCAGCGGUUCCUCCGCCGCCGCCAAUCAUCAGAACUCAAUGAGCAGUCCGCACAGCACAGCGACCAGCAGUGCUACCAACAAUGGCCCCACCGCCUCCAAUCAUCAUACUCAGAAGACGAGCAGUUCCACAGGCGCUGGGACGGGCUCGGCUUCCAACCCCUCCUCCUCAUCCUCAAGCAAUACAGCGAACAACCUGUUGUUGGCCUACUCGACCGGAUGCCGGCGGAUCUACCGGUUGCACUACAAUCAGCUCAGCGGGAGCCUUAGCUGCAUCGGCAAUAGCUAAGAGUGACUCCCGCACGCCGCUGCUAUUCCCGUGUUCCCCGCCCACUUCGACAACGCAGAGUUAAGUAUUAUUUAUUUUUCUGAUUAGUUGGUUUUAGUUUUAGAACUUUUGCCCCCCAAAUCGAAAAAGAUGAAAAUUUCUCGAUAGCCUGAUCCCCGACCAGAAAGGGCGCAAACGAGAGAAAGAGAGAAAUUAGUCCGAAUUUGUUUUCGAUUGUUUAAGCAUCUCUGUUUUUAGCCAGUGUAAGUUAGCCGGUAAGGUAAAAAUCUCUACUUCAAACAAAAUUACACAAAUCCAACGCUAUUGUUAGGUUCCUCGAAGGAAUGUCUAUAGCAAUCUAGGUUUAAUCGUGUGUUACAACACAAUAUAAACUGCUGCUGAGAACUUUGAAAGUUACAACAA